CAAUAACCGGGCGGCAUGUGGGUGUAGUUAAUCCCCAGAUCCCUGGUCCGCCCCACUGGAUCGGGCAUAAAAACCCAGGGCUUGGAGAGGCAAAAUGCUGCAGAUUGGAAGAGACUCGCUCCAAAGCUUUCCUGAAAAACCGAGAUGGCGUCCACCACGUUCCUGACCAUGCCCUCCGGGAAGACGAUCCCGCAGCUUGGCCUGGGCACCUGGCUGUCCCCUCCAGGAAUUGUCCAGCAUGCCAUCGAAGUGGCCGUGAAGCACGGAUACCGCUACAUCGACUGCGCUUUCUUCUAUGACAAUGAAGGGGCGAUCGGAGAGGGCCUCCAGAAUGUCUUCAAAAAAGGCCUGGUCAAGAGAGAGGACCUCUUCAUUGUUAGCAAGCUGUGGAACAGUUUCCAUGAGCCAGAGGAUGUGAAGCCUGCUCUCCUGGACACCCUGAAACUGCUGCAGCUGGAUUAUCUGGAUCUGUACCUCAUGCACUCUCCGAUGGGCAUCAAGAAUGUCAAAGGAGAUCUCCUUCCACAGAAGGAUGGGAAAGUUGUCAUGAGUGACGUGGAUUAUUUGGACACCUGGAAGGGGAUGGAGAAGAUGGUGGACGAAGGCCUGACAAGGAGCAUCGGAGUGGCCAACUUCAACACUCACCAGCUGGAGAGGCUGCUCACUCAUUCAAGAAUUAAGCCGGACGUCCUCCAGGCAGAGCGUCACGUCUACCAAACCCAGAGCAAGCUGGUUCCUUUUGUCAAGGAGAAAGGGUUGGUUUUCAUCGGAUACAGCCCUCUGACGUCGCCCCAGACUCCUUUCAAGCCAGGUCCUAAAAACGGCAUGGAGGACCCUGUGGUGAAGGAGAUCGCCAAGAAGCAUGGGAAAACCCCUGCUCAGAUUCUGCUCCGCUUCAAUAUUCAGAGUGGCAUUGUCACUAUUCCAAAGAGCCAAACACCUGAACACAUCAUUGAGAAUACAAAGAUUUUUGAUUUCUCCCUGACCGAUGAAGAGAUGAAAAAGCUGGCAUCCCUUCACUACGGAGCGCGCGCUGUUCCCUGGGACCUCUUGGGGUUGGGCCACCAUAAGCACUAUCCAUUCUGCAAGGAUGAGUGAUUCUUUCGAGGCGCAGCCUGUAUACCUCCCCAAGCACAGAAAUCAUGGACCCAGCUUCUGCAUUUCAUUAUCUAAUCAAGCCAAAAAUUGCAUUUUGCUAGCCCUGGGCUAACAAGCCACUCGUCUUCCCUGCAUGAUGGGACCUCAGCGAAAACCCUUUCCCUGCAGGGAGGUCUGGAAGGGGAUUGAAAAUGCACAUUUCUCAGUAUCUGCCUAACCCUGAUGUCUAUGUAUAUGACACCUUCUCCAUUGCAACGGAUGCUCCUGGAGUGGAAAUGCGGAGAGGAAUGGCAAGGAUGCUGUCGUCUUCUCCGGCCACCAGCCAAAAUAGCACUAAUUUCACCAACCAUCAAUGCUUCUCAUUCUCUAGAGUUGGAACAUCAUAUACGUAGAACAGGGGAAAGUGUCUAAGUAGACACAGCAAGGGAAUGGGACUUGUGGGAUGGGCUAGUUGAAUGUGAAAAGAUUGAUUUCAUUUGCAUGCUGAGCUUGCUUUAUAUGAACAUAUUGCAAUUGCAUUUUCAAAUGGUGGGUGUAUUUGAGGGUGACAAAGAAGACGAGUGCUCUGAAUUUGUUUGGUUUGUUUUCUCUGAAAGGGAGACCCCCCCAAUAA